AUGGAUGAUAAGAUCAGCAACAAUACUCAAAACGUCUCCAGCGCAUGGGAACCCAGUCCCCUCUCACAUUGCAUUCCCUGGAUUGUAGUGUUCAUCACUGAAUGUCUGGCCAUAGUCAUCCUAAAUAUCAUCACCAUUAUUGUAUUUGUGAAGCAGCGUGCGCUUCAGGGCCGGAGUACGUACUUGAUCAUCCAUCUUGCCGUCGUCGAUCUCUUGGUCGGUGCAUUCAGUGGACCUUUGCGAAUAGAAAAUAGAAUAGCAUUGUUUUGCAACCUGUGGAAGUACGACUGGGAGACCCAGUGGCUGAAUCACACAAGAGGUGUAUUAUUCAUUUUUCCAGUCGCCUCUCUUUUGAAUCUCGCUGCUAUUUCAUUGGAACGAGCACACGCAACAGUUUGUCCAUUCAGGCAUCGUCAUGCUAAUAGGAGGGUUUAUGUAGUUAUUAUUGCUGGCAUUUGGUUAUUGGCGAUAGGGUUAACACUGACUGAACAAAUCUUUUAUCUCUAUCUCAUCCCUGUGGAUAAAGUUUAUUUCUCAUAUUUCUUCGCUGCUCUUUUUGUCAUUUUUCUUUCUUAUCUCUGUAUAUUUGUCAAAGUGCGUUGUAAUCGUCACCCUCAGCAUCAUAACGCAGCCGGUCAGAGGGAAGGGAGACUAACCUAUACCUUGUUUCUUGUUACUAUGGGAUCUUUGCUCACUUGUCUCCCAGUCAUGAUCUACCAAGGCCUAGUUAGUUUUAACAAUGAUUUUUUUUCAAAAGUAACUGGAAAAGUGAGCUUUCAUGUUGAUAUUAUGAUGCAAACACUCUUCCUUUCCAAUUCUGUGAUAAAUCCCAUAAUUUACGCCCAGCGGAUACCAGAACUAAGAGCAGGCGUAUCACAACUAUUUCAAUUAAAUCGAAACCGUUUAGAGUUCGAUGAUUUUCCGCUUCGCAGACUCCAUUUAGAGGAAAUUAGAAGCUAG